AUGGUCUUUGACUGGCAAACUGCCUAUCAAACGCACCUUCAGAAUGAACAUGGAAAAUCGCGCAUGAAUAUUGAGGAAGCAAAGGUUGAACUCUGCCCCCAGCUGGUAUUCGCGUGCGGUUUUGAGAACUGUCAACAAGUAUUUGAAGCGAGCGACGGAGACGAUACGUCCGAAACACUCAGAAAUUAUUACGAUCACAUUAUGACGCACUUUGAGGAGGGCGACAACAGCAGCUGCUGGCGUUACUCCACAAGGAUUCGCAAUCUUUUGCGACAACACCAAGUUACUGCCUUGUUAAUGGAGGCGUGGCCUGGAAUGGAAACAACGCAACUCGAAUGGGAGCCUCGAACAAGCAUGACAGCCCGGAAACUUCUGGAGGCAAGGCAUCUUGAAGACUUACCGCUCUUACUUCGCUUCGUCGUCGCGCUUGGCUCCAAGAGUGAAGAUCUAAGGGAGUUUGAAGGCACCGUAAACCUGCCUCUCAAGUCAGCAUGUCCCAGAGCCCAGCGCCAGAAAGAAAGUUUCCAUAUGGCUAGCGAGUGGUACCCACGACGAGUUCCCGAAACGGGCACCAUCGGCCGGCUCGAAGUUUUUGCUAGCCAGACUGGCUUUGAAUCGAACAACGACCCGCAAUAUUGGUACCGCAAUCUGGAAAUUGUUGCCCUUCUGGGUGGCUUUAAGGUGGCGACUCCGCCCGGUCUCAGGUUCACUUACAAAAAGGUUGCAUUUGCAACCACAGAUGACUCAAAUCAGCCAGAAGAGAAUGCAUUGAUGGCCCAGUUUGCAGAAACUUUCAACAGCAAUAUGGCUAAUCUUAGAGACGACAACGGGGAAGUGGACACGGCGAUAUUACACAAGGCAAUACGGCUACUUGAGUCCGUAAAGACUGUGGAAAACAAAGAUGCACUCCCAUCGCAUCUGAUGACACCACAGGAGCGGGGCACCACUUUUCUUCAAAAGGUUCCCCAUGAUCUGACGGACAAGUACAAGGAUAUGAACUGUUACAAGGCCGAGGAUCAGGCACUUCCAAAUAAGCCCUUAAAGAGUUCAAGCUGGCCGACUGUUGGAAAUGGCAACUGGGGGCAACAGAAUAUCUCGUCAGCCAGGAACACUCUGUGA